CAUUUCUUUAAUUUACUACAAAAACAUUAAUUUUCCUGUCUUAGCAUUUUUUUCUUCCAAAAUACUUUGUUUUAUUCAUUAGCUAACAUAUUUUAACAAGCAAACAUGCAAAAAUACAUUGGUUUUAGCUUUGUUUUACUUCUUGCAAUGUCAACGGCUUGUUUGGGAUCCAAUCUUCAGGUUGGUUUUUAUCAGCAAACUUGUCCUUCAGCUGAAUCUACAGUCAGGAAUGUCGUAAACAAAGUUGUUUCGCAAAAUCCGAGAUUAGGAGCAGCACUUAUUCGCAUACAUUUCCAUGAUUGCUUUGUUAGGGGAUGUGAUGCAUCGAUUCUACUAGACUCAACACCGGGGAACCAAGCAGAGAAGGAGCAUCCGGCAAACAACCCAAGUCUACAAGGGUAUGAAGUCAUCGAUGAGGCUAAGGCAGAGCUCGAAGCCAAAUGCCCAAACACGGUCUCUUGUGCAGACAUCAUAGCCUUUGCAGCUCGAGAUAGUGCCUUGAAGUUAGGAAGAAUAAACUAUGCUGUACAAGCAGGCCGAAGAGAUGGAUUAGUCUCAAACAUAAAUGAUCCAACAGGAAACAUCCCUCGACCAUCCUUCAACCUAGAACAGCUACAAGAAAAUUUUGCUAGGAAAAGCCUUUCAUUAGAAGAAAUGGUCACCCUUUCCGGGGCUCACUCUAUUGGAGUCUCACAUUGUUCCGCGUUCAAUGAAACUCACCCACAAUACCCUUCUUUGGACCCUAGAAUAGCCAAUGUUUUAAGGGAAAGGUGCCCAAAUCCACCUGCUACUACUGAUCCAACAGUUCCUCUUGAUUUUACUACACCAAACAGGUUAGAUAACCUUUACUACAAAAACUUGCAGACUAAUAGGGCUUUGUUGACCUCGGACCAAGCUCUUAUGACUUCACCAACCACGGUUCAAAUGGUGCGCAAUUUCGGCUGGCAGGGUAAAGUUUGGGCUAACAAGUUUGCUGAUGCCAUGGUUCAUAUGGGUUCCAUUGAGGUUCUCACUGGUGCUGAGGGACAAAUCAGAAGAAAUUGCAGGGUUGUUAAUUAUUAGAAGAACAGAGCUACAUAAUAAGUUAUGCUUACAAAAAUAUUUGUUUAUUUUUUCAUUUACAUUACAGAUUUGAUUUGCUAUUCAUUGAAUUUCAAUUGUUAAAAAGGCUAAUGUUAAUUUCAAAGGAAAUUUUGAGUGAAUAAUAAGUUUUGCUGUACAAUGCACAAGGAUUAUAUAUAUCCCAGCUAAUUAGUUUAUAUUUAAUCACAAAUUAGUUUUUUUUUUUUUUUUUCUCUUUAUUGCAAAUUUAUUUUAAACUUAAAUUUGUCAUAUUCUAUUUCGCUUUUUCCUAGUACCGUCACCAAAGACUAGUUUAAAAUAUUAUAUUUUAUCGUUCUUAAAGCUGAAAAGUUAUUGUCAAACAUA